UUCCAGUCUGCAACCCCUUGGUAUGGAGAACGGGACAAUACAAGAUAAUCGCAUCUCGGCGUCCAAUAUUCGCAGCUGUUGCCCUGCAAGUCAGGCACGCCUAAACAAUUACAUUGGAUGGCAAGCCUAUUACUUCACCAAUGCCUGGAUCGAGGUGAACCUCGAUGAGCCUACAGUGGUCAGCGGGGUCAUCACACAAGGCUACCCCUCUCACGAUUAUUAUGUGAAGAAGUACAAGGUGUCGUACAAGAAGCAGUCCUCAUCUGACUAUGAACACGUAACAGAUGGAAACGGAAAUAACAAGGUGUUCAUCGGUAACACUGAUGGCGACACCCCGGUCACUAACCUGUUUGAUGAGAGUGUGGUCGCCACGGUAGUGCGCAUUGAGCCUACUGGAUGGUAUGGUUAUGUUGCUCUGCGAUUGGAGCUGCUUGGAUGUCGCCGUGAUUAAUUCAGCUGAAGCAUUCAGUUGAUUCUGUUCGACAGCGCUGACAUUUCAUUCAAUGCAAAAUAAA